CCGUAAUGCAACGAAGCAGCCCCCAAAUUUUGGUCGUUCAUGUACUACAUGACUCAAACCCCACGUGGGAGCAAUCAUAAGGGUCCCAGGUCAUGACCUUGAAGGUCACAGGUCAUAUGGACGACAAAUGUGUCCUCUUUACCCCCCUCAAAAAUGAUGUCAUUCGAAAGAUAAUCUCAAGAGCUUCAACUUUAGUCCUUAUCACUUAUGCUCUCCGACCACACCCAAGGCCUGUGGGCUUCUGCGGAGGUGCAGUUAUCAGUCCAGACUGGAUUAUUACUGCGGCAAACUGUGCCACGUGGCCACUAAGCGGUUACAAAAUCACCGCUGGAGAUCACAACAUCGAUGUGGUUGAAGGCACCGAACAAACCCGAGAAGUCGUACAGAUUGUGAUUCAUCCGAAUUAUGAAUCCGAGUCGGCUUCUAAAUUCGAGAACGACAUUGCAUUGAUGAAGGUGUCACCUCCGUUCGAAUUCAACGAGUUUGUCCAGCCCGUCGUCAUUCCAGAGGCAAACUUUACUCCAACAGAUUAUGCUACAAUUACUGGUUGGGGCAUGCUGUCAGCAGGGGGCUCAUAUGCAUCCAACUUGAUGAAGGUGGACGUGCCCUUAGUUGACGAUACGACUUGCGAUGUGUUUGGGUUCCUAGUUCCAUCCAUGGUUUGUUACGGAGGGGGAGAUAAAGAUGGGUGUCUUGGAGACGAUGGAGGUCCCCUAGUUUGUGGGGAUAGCCAAACUUUAUGCGGAAUAUUUUCCGUGGGCCAUUGUGGCGAUCUUCCCGGCGUAUACACCGAGGUUUCUUAUUUUGGGGACUGGAUUCGCCGAUCAGUCGUGCCUACCGAAGAGGAUCCAUGGCCAGUUGAAUCCAUUACAACCUGUGGUGGUAGGAUUGCUGCAUCCUCUGCAGAAAUUAAGUUCCAACUUGGCUCUUCUAUUCGCGCGGAUCAGAGAUGUGUCUGGGUAUUGAAACCACCCUACGAGUCAAGCCGUUUCAGACUGAGCAGCUCUGGCCUUGGCGAAAAUGAUGGCCUAUAUUUGACCAGCUUUGCCAACUCACAGCCAGGAACUCAGCAGCAAAUGACUCGCGUCGGCCAAAAUUAUACCAUCAAAUCUGGCUUCAUCCUGGUCACGUUGAAUGUAGGGAACGCUCCAACGCGAGGAUUCCGUCUAGAAUUCUUCUCCUCCGGCCUUCUAAGUGUCACCAAAGACGUUACAGGCUUCGCCCGGCUCACAACCUCCACUGGCAAUUUUUCUUACCCCAUUGGUGGCGGCAGGUACCGGGACAAUGAGAACGCUUUGUUUGUCAUCAAUCCAACCGCGCCUGCCAUGAGGACCUUAAUGUUCUCCAGAAUGGAUGUGGAAAAUCAUUCAGAAUGUGGAUAUGACGCCAUUAUGAUAUACAACUGGUAUAAUAAUCAGUAUAUCCAAGUUGUUAGACAUUGCGGAUCAUCGCUACCGCCAACGACCACUUUCCAGUCUGGUCUAGGGUUGGUUACUUUUGAAAGUGAUGAUGUCUUUACGACCACAGGAUUCGAUUUUGAAUGGGCUUAAAGGGGCAAUCUGUAAUUUGAACACAAUUUGAAGUAAUAAAGAAUCAUUUAAUUUCA